GCCUCCUCUUCCCUUACCUUUCCUCCCUCCCCCAACCCAAAACCCGAGCUUCCUAGGGUUCCGCCGCCAUGCCGCAGGGAGACCAUAUAGAGCUGCACCAGAAGCGGCAUGGUCGGCGCCUGGACUACGAGGAGCGCAAGCGCAAACGCGAGGCGCGCGAGGUGCACAAGCGCUCGAAGGAUGCCCGGAAGUUGCUUGGUGCUAAGGGUAAGAGGUUUGCCAAGAAGCGAUAUGCCGAGAAGGCGCAGAUGAAGAAGACCCUGAAAAUGCAUGAUGAAUCAACUUCGCGGCAGAAGGCUGAUGAUAAUGUCCAAGAGGGUGCUCUUCCCCCAUAUCUGCUUGAUCGUGAUCAGACACAGCGUGCCAAGGUUCUUAGCAACACGAUCAAGCAAAAGAGGAAGGAAAAGGCUGGAAAAUGGGAUGUUCCCUUGCCAAAGGUCAGACCUGUAGCUGAAGAAGAGAUGUUUAAGGUUCUGCGAACUGGCAAGCGAAAAACAAAGCAGUGGAAGAGGAUGGUUACUAAAGCCACCUUUGUUGGAGCUGGAUUUACAAGGAAGCCGCCAAAGUACGAACGGUUCAUUCGGCCAACUGGUCUGCGUUUCACCAAAGCUCAUGUGACUCACCCAGAACUGAAAUGUACUUUCAACCUGGACAUAAUUUCUGUCAAGAAAAACCCAAAUGGCCCAAUGUACACUUCUCUUGGUGUUAUGACAAGGGGAACAAUCAUUGAGGUGAAUGUCAGUGAACUUGGUCUGGUUACUCCUGCUGGAAAAGUUGUUUGGGGUAAAUAUGCUCAGGUUACAAACAACCCGGAAAAUGAUGGGUGCAUCAAUGCUGUCUUGCUAGUGUAGGGUCAUACUGAAAUUCUGUUAUUGUGGUUUAUCUACCUCUUUGUACCGCUCUGAUGUUUUUUUGACCGAUGCUGUGGCAUUCUAGUACCCCGUUGUGCACCAUGGGUAUAACAUGUAUCCUGUAUUGUUGCUGCACAACAAAUGACGUUGCUAUAUAUAGCCUGGUGUAAAAUUUGAGGAAUACAGAUUAGCAACGUUUUCUGUCA